GCAUGGCGCCUGCCGUGUUCCUGCUGUGGCUCGGCCCGCGGCCGGUGGUUAAGAGCCUGCGCGCCUUCUCCACCGCCGUGAGCCCGGCCACCCACGCUGCGAGACCCAGUCCGCGCAUUACCUCCUAGGACUGAGAAAAUGGCUGUUGACCAGGACUGGCCUAGUGUUUACCCUGUGGCAGCUCCAUUUAAACCCUCUGUGGUGCCUCUACCUGUUCGAAUGGGUUAUCCAGUAAAAAAGGGUGUGCCCAUGGCAAAGGAGGGAAAUCUAGAACUUUUGAAGAUCCCCAAUUUUCUGCAUUUGACUCCUGUAGCAGUUAAAAAGCACUGUGAAGCUCUUAAAGAUUUUUGCACUCAGUGGCCAGCUGCACUUAGCAGUGAUGAGAAAUGUGAGAAGCAUUUUCCAAUUGAAAUCGACACAGCUGAUUAUGUCUCAUCAGGACCAUGUAUUCGAAACCCCAAAGCUCGAAUAGUAACCCUGAGGGUUAAACUGUCCAGUUUGAAUUUAGAUGAUCAUGCAAAGAAGAAAUUUAUUAAACUUGUAGGAGAACGAUACUGCAAGACCACAGAUGUACUUACCAUCAAAACAGAUAGGUGCCCUUUAAAGAGGCAGAAUUACGAUUAUGCAAUGUAUCUACUAACAGUUCUGUACCAUGAGUCUUGGAAAACUGAAGAAUGGGAAAAAAGAAAGACUGAAGCAGACAUGGAAGAGUAUGUGUGGAAAAAUAGCUCCUCAGAAAAAAGUAUCUUGGAAACACUUCUUCAAAUUAAAGCUGCUGAGAAAAAUUUGGAAGUAAAUAAAGAAGAGCUCCUUGGUACUAAAGAAGUUGAAGAUUACCAAAAGUGUGUUGUUAGUCUUAAAAAUGAAGGGGAAAAUGAGAUUAACCUUUCUCAAUACAAAGAAUCAGUGAAGAGACUAUUGAAUUUGACAUGAAUUAUGAAGUAGAAAAGUCUGCUCUGGCUUACUAAUUUUAUGCAUGUAAGCAAUAUCUCAUUUCACAUAGAAGUGAAAAUGUUUUAAAACCAUCAUUUCAUGUCAUUAAAAUAAUCUUUCUUACUAAUUCACAUUGACAGUGAUUAUUUUAGAGUUUUUAGUUUAUACACCAGAACAGUUAAUUAGAAGAUCACUGAUUGCUCAGACUCUAAGGUGUCUUUAUUUCUAUAUAACUUUAAUACUCAUAUUUUAUAUAUAUUUGAUUGCUUGUCACUGCAGUAUUUCUUUCCUCCCAGAUUGGCAUUUAGGGCUUGCUCUUGAACAGACUGAUUAUUUGGAAAGCCAGGCCCAGAACCCAGCUCCCUGACUUGCAGUUCAGUGCUUUGUUGACUUGUUUCCAGUUCUGGGCUGAAUCAGGUCCUUGGGGAUAUUUUCUAAUCUAAAAACUUGUUCCUUCCCUUCCUCCCUUUUAGGGGCACUUUUUGUUGAUUCAGUUCUGCUUAGCAUCCUGCUUCCUAUGUUUUAGAGCUCAUUUUGCAAACCCAGGCUGGAGGAAAAGUACAGUAGAUACUACCUGGUGUUCACCCCUCUCAAUGCCCCAGGUAGAGCUCAGGAAAGAGUGCCAUGUGAAGACCUUCAGUUUAAUUGGAGUAAAUGACAAAGUGAAAACUGUGCUAAGAAGCAUGCCAUUGAGUUUGAGUUUAGCUGUUAAAACUUUUUUUUUCAGUGCUGGGGAUUGAAUGCAUGGCCUCAUGCUUACAAACUCUGCUCUUGGGGCUAGAUUCCUAGCCCAAGUCAGUGAUUUUAAGUGUAUUUGCAAGUCAUUUGUUAAGACUUCCCAAGUUGUUGACAGGUUGUUCAUUUACAAUCACAACAAAGGAAUUCUUGAGAGGUCACUUGCUAAUAGACAUAUUUUGCCUAACAGAAUUAGAGAAUAUAAAUGAAAGUAAAAAGCUAUCUCAAAUCAGUUGUCUAAAACAUUUGUAUAAAAUGAAGUAUAAUUUGGUAUUAGCAAGGCCAAAGUCUACAGGUUAUAAAAGACAAAAAUGUGGCCUUGAAUAUAAAAGAAAAAAGGGAGUAUGUUGAGUUCCAUUGGAUACAGAUAGUGAAUAAAAAGCAAACAGGUAAAAAUGACUUCUGGUCAUGUUUAGAACAUUUAGGAAGUACGUCAGUACAGGUGCAGUGCACGUGAAUAAUCCCAGCACUGGGGAGGAUUCUGAGUUUGUGGCCAGACUGAGCUAAAUAGGAAGACCCUGUUUUUUUUUUUUUUAAAUUAAAAUAUGCAGUGAAAGAAAAUAGAUACAAAAUGGGGUUGAAGAAGGGAACAUUUUGAAAACACUGGAAGCUGAGGGGAGACCAUUUGGGUUAAGGGUGGUCUGUUGUGUACUAACAGUGCAGGUGAAAGCAGAGGGUGUAGUGUGUAAAAAAUUCAUCCUUGCCCAGAGAGACUGGUCUGGCCUUUAUGCUCAGCCUCUGAGAGGCAAUCUAUAUAAUGCCUGAUAGGGCCUUUAUGUAGGGUAAGAGCCAGUGCAAAAGAUUUGAGGGUGGACCCAGCCAUGCCAGAAAAACCAACUAUAUGAUUCAGGGUGGGGGCUUUGGGUCACAUGGUAUCAGUCCACCUGGCAGCUGGGAUCAGGUACCCAGGCAGUGAGUGAGUCAUUCCUGUGUGAUGGAGCCCCAGUAAAAACUUUGGACUUUUAGACUCAGACAAGCUCCUCUGGUUAGUAAGACUGUGCAGUUAUCACAUAAUGAUACCAGACAGUAGAGUCCUGACUUUGUAGCAGGGAGGAGGACCAAAAAGAAACAGGCCUGUGUUCUGAUAAAGUACACAGGAAGGGAUGGCAUGGCAGAGAGAUAAAACCUAAAGCAUCCAAAUGUGAAGAAAGUCAUGUAGGACUAGAGGUAGAGGGGCACUUAGCACUAGGGUGAAGCAGCCUAUAGAACUGCAUGUAACCAUAUAUGUGUUAAACCUUGUUUGCUUCUUUUAUUUUAUUACCUCUGUAACCUGCUUGCAAGGGUACAUAAGGUGAGACCCCUUUGUUCUUGGGGCUCAGCCUUUGGACUCAAGUUGCUGACUCUGUGCCAGCACAAUAAAGUGUUGCUUACUUGCCUCAGAGUCCCAUCUCUGUUUGAGUUUCCUGUAACAACUCCAGAGAGGACCCCAGAGGCUAAGCAUUGGAAACCUUCCUGGACUUCAAUUUAUUUGCUUUUGCCCUUGGAUGUACCUUUUCUUUGUAAUUGUUGCAGUACUUUAACUUGCAGCCCACCUAGCCUAAAAAUCAGCUAUAACUGGCAUGACCCUUGGGUAACCCCGAGCCCCACUCCCUGGAACAAAGGGAGGUGGAACGGUUUCUGGGAACAGGGAGUGUUUCUGAUUGAUCGUGCUGAACGGAAUGCAAGUCAAUAUGUUAAGACAUCUGGUGUUCUUCAAGUUCCUGACAGGUAAAUGUCUGGUGUUUUUUUUAGUUCCCAAUAAGUAAUCUUACCCCACCACCAGGAUGUGGGCAAUGUCAGAAAAAUGUGACCCCAGGGGCAUGAGGAAUUCCUAUGUGCAAUGAUUGAUGCUUUAAAGAGUAUA